AUGGAGAAGGAAAAGGAGAGAGGCAGCAGCAGCAGCGGCAGCCCGCAGGACGCCGCCGCGGCGGGCGAGCCGCAGCAGCAGCAGCCGCAGCAGCAGCAGCAGCAGCAGCAGCAGCCGGAGGCGGUGAAGGCCUGA